AGCGGCCUUACCAGUGUAACUCUUCAACCUAAUGAUAGGACAAGUGAAACAUCACUUAUAAGCUUUUAUGUUACUAGAAUGGAAAGUAAACUGGUGAUAAAUGGCAACAGUUAUCUAAACGAAACCAUGUUUCUGCACAUUGGCUAACCCCAGCAACAGCUAGAUACCGUAAUGUUUAGUGAUAAAAGUGGCGCAGUUCGCGCAGCUUGGUGUAUUCUCUUAGCUGUUAAAAUUGUGACCGCUGGAAUAUCGUGUCUCAGUAAUCCCUGCUUUAAUGGCAUUUGUAUUGACGACAUCAACAGCACAUAUUCAUGUUAUUGUGUGGAUGGAUAUACGGGGGUGCAGUGCCAAACGAAUUGGGAUGAGUGUUGGUCAUCGCCCUGUCAAAAUGGAGGCACGUGUGUUGAUGGUAUAGCGUCAUACAAUUGCUCCUGUCCAGAUGGAUUUAUUGGUGACAAUUGCGAGACGAAUUAUAACGAAUGUGAAUCGAACCCAUGUCUCAACAAUGGAACUUGUAUCGACAUGACCAAUGGAUACAUGUGUUCGUGUGUGCCUGGCUUCUCCGGACACCACUGCGAGGUGGACAUAGCUGUAUGCAACACCACCGAGGAGGUCCGCUGCUAUAACGGCGCCAAGUGUAUCGAGGGACCAGGUUUUAAAUUCUACUGCGAAUGUUUGCCAGGUUGGGCUGGAAAAUAUUGUGAAGAUCAAGUUGAUGAAUGUCAGUCAGACCCUUGCCAGAAUGGUGGAAUUUGUAUCGAUGUGCACGCUGAUUAUAUGUGCGCCUGUACAUUUGGUUAUACAGGCAAAAGCUGUGAAGUACAGAUAGAAUUCUGCGACGAAAAUUCUUGCAGCAACAACGCACUUUGCGUGGUGGAGGAAGGGAUGCGAGUGUGUUACUGCGUACCCGACUACCAUGGAGAGCGGUGUGAGCUUCAGUAUGAUGAGUGUCUCCUGGGACCAAGAUGCAUGAAUGGAGGUACUUGUAUUGAUGGUGUUGACAAUUUCACAUGCUCAUGUCCCUCUAGACUGACUGGAACAUUAUGCGAAUGUUUGAUACUAGACGACGGUUCUCAUGAUUGUGAAUACGUUAGUCCCACGCCUCUAACAGCAUCUACUCAAUCUGUCUUAUUAACUACAAUGCAUGAAGAAGUAACUACAGAUAUAACUACUUCAUACUCAAUAAGCUAUAACGAUACCAUUGCAAGAACAAAGACUACAGAUACAGAACUUUGGACUACAGCAACAAGCGAAAUGGCUACAUCUACCACAACAGCCGAGAUUACAGCCAUAGAAAGUAUCACCACAGUCACUGAAAGUUCUAAAGCAAACCGUAGUGAUGAAACAACUGAAACACCCAGAACAACGGCUUUUGAGCCCGUAACAUUAAAAGAAGUUACCGAUACCUCAGAAACAUCAAGUAUAACGUUAGAAUCAGAUGAUUCAAAAACAGAAUCUACUACGCAGUGUCAGGAAGGCUGUGAGCAAACAUUAACUUCUAUUAAGGAUAUAACUACUACUGAAAUGACUAAAGCAGAUACUGUAAUGACUAAAGUAAUAGAAACCACUGAAUUAACAGUAUCAAUAACAGAUACGACUGCACCUAUAACUGAGUCAACUAUAAAAGAAACAACACCAGAGAUAACGACAACGUUGAAAAGUGAUACGACAACAGAGAAAAUGUUUACUGACAGUCCUACUGAACAGCCAAGUACUGAAAUUCUUACAUCACACAUACCUCUAACAACUGAAAGUACAGAAUUAACAACAAACUCCGAUAACACGACAUACGUAUAUACCACUGUACAGUCAGAAUGUACCGACAACGUCUGUAAUAAUAACGGCCAUUGCAUCGCUUCUCCGCAUGGUGUCCGAUGUCACUGCAACUUUAAGUACGCUGGAAGAUUCUGUGAUGAGAAAAUAACUAUUUCUUCAGCUGCUUUUGGAGGCAAUUCAUAUAUAACGCAUAAACUUCGUAAUAGUACUUCCAUUGAUAUAGAAUUCAACGCUAAAACACUUAUCACAGACGGACAAAUAAUGCACGUUGAUAUAGCUGAAGGAGUCUACAUGCAACUGUACAUGGUAUCAGGAUUGUUAAAAUUUAAAUUUUCUUGUGGGUAUCAAACGAUGCUUUUGAGCGAGUUGAAAACGUUUGUCAAUAAAGGAUAUCCCAUGAAGAUUGAGACUACGCUAGACUUAUAUAUAAAAGAGCAACAUUGUAAUGCGACCCUUCGGUUGAAUGACACGGUUGCAAUGAGCGGAGGACAAGUUGCUAAUAUAAGUUCCAUUGACCAUAACGCUACUCUGCAUCUGGGAAAUACGCCUGAUAACAAGGAUUCUGAUAAUAAACCAUUUAUUGGUUGCAUUAAAGAUUUAAUGGUAAAUGGUGAGAACCGUGAAGUAUUCGGUGAUGCGAUGGUGGCGGGCGAAGUAAGCGAAUGCGCCUCGUUGUCGUGCUUGUCUGCGCCCUGCCACAACGGUGGCUCGUGUAGCGACUUCGGCAACACAUACACCUGCUCUUGUCCCAAUGGCUGGAUGGGAGAACAGUGCAGACAGUCUGUAUGUGAUAAUAAUCCUUGUGAGGCGGGUGGUAGCUGCGUGCGCCACCCCGGCAGCGGUUUCCUUUGCCUUUGUCCUUACGGGAAACACGGGAUAUUCUGUGAAUACAACGUGGAAAUAACUCGGCCAUCAUUAGCUCCAAUUAGCACCGGCAUAUCGUCAUACCUGCUGUACCCACUGUCGCCUGGUGCCGUGCACUCGGACCGCUUCGAUCUGCGCCUGCGCUUUCACACGGCCGACAUGGAUCAAAUAUCGCUGUUAGCUUUCGUUGGACAAGCGGGGCGACACGACUCGCGCACUCAACAUUUGGCUGUAACGUUCGUUAAAGGAUAUAUUAUGCUUACUUGGAACAUGGGCAGCGGUCCUCGGCGCGUGUUCUCUGCUCGCGCGCUGUCAGCUCGGCGUGGAGGGCACGCGCUGCGAGUGUGGCGGCGCGGCCGCAACGCCGGCUUCAGCGUCGACGGCCGCCACAACGCCUCCGGUAACGCGCCCGCACGGGAUACUCACAUGACUCUCUUGCCCUAUCUCUAUAUCGGUGGCCACCCGUCUGAGGGAUUCGGUGAACUGCCGCACGACUUGCCACUUCAUAGCGGAUGGCGCGGUUGUGUGUGGGACGUGUCCGGCGCGGUGUCCGGCCCGGGCUCGGCGGCCGGACGAGCGCUCGCCGGACGCGGCGCUGGACAAUGUGGUGUCGCGCAAUGUACUGCCAAGUCGUGCAGUGCGCCUAAUGGUGUCUGUAUACAGUCUCCUGCUACUUAUGGAUGCAUUUGUAACGAAGGCUGGUUCGGCCCAACUUGUUCGUCCAAAACAAAUCCGUGUGAUCAUUUUGUAUCAAAAUGUCAAGGAAGAUGCGUCAUAAAUACGAAGAACGAAGCGCAGUGCGAUUGUCCUUAUGGGAAGACUGGGACAGACUGUGAUCAAGAUCUGAUACCGACAGACGUCCUGUUCACCGGCACUAGAUCCUACAUCAGGCUGCAUCCUCGUACGAUAUCCAGCGUCAGUCUAUCACUGGAGGCCGAGAUCAAGCCUUCCAAGGAACGUGGUCUGGUGUUGUUUGGGCUGACUCCGCACUUCUACACUACGUUGUCGAUGCAGGGUGGCCUGUUGGAGUAUAGAUGGACAGAUCGUCUGUCAGGGAUGACCUCUCUGGUGCGAAGUGGGGUGGUACUCUCCAUGUCUCAAUGGCAUAACAUAAAGGCGGGCCGAUACGGCAGCCGGCUGUACGUCUGGGUGGACGGAGCACUCAGCACGGAAGCCAUGCUCGCGCAUGCGUUCCCGCACACUGCCAGCAAUGCUUCUAUACAUCUAGGAGGUACGAACGAUUUAUCUACGUUGCCAUUCGAUGCAAUGUCUGGACCGCCGGAGUCAUUUACAGGCUGCAUUAGAAAUCUUCACAUCAACAAUAUUUUACUGCCUCUCGAACCCCAGAAUAUACAAGAGGGACGCAAUGUCUUGGAUUGCGACGGCACGGCGUGCGGCGGGGAGACUUGCGGCGGCGGCGCCUGCAGCGUGCAGGCGGGUCGUGCGCACUGCGCUUGCCCACCCAACGACGCCACUGCCACAGCUGGCAGCACCUCUGCACGCUGCCGACGCCAUACCACGUGCUCACCAGCAAAUUGCGCUCCACCUACCGGCAUCUGUAGAAGAGGCACCUGCGUGUGCGCUACCGGAUUUGCUGGUUUCAAUUGUGAAACAAGGAUAAACAUCACGAUACCGCAAUUCAGUGGUGAAUCGUUUAUGUCAUUGGGUCGUGGCUCUGCCUCGAGAUACAGCGGGAAGCAACGCGUAGUGCUCCAGCGGCCCGACUACCUCACACUAAACUUUACCACGGCUGAACUAAACGGGCUACUCGUAUGGUUGGUUAUGGACCACAACUUUAUGGGUAUAGGGUUAGAGAAUGCUUUUCUCAAGUUAGUGUGGUCGUUUCAUCACAACAUCACCCAAGAUUUACAGGAAGACCUCAGUAAAACAUCCCGAAUUGUUUCAAGAUCGGUGCCACAAGCAGGUUUCCUAUCUGACGGCGAGUGGCAUACCCUUGUUGUAAAAUUGGAGAAAAACAAUAUUGUGUUGAUUGUUGACCAGGCAUUGGCUUAUGUUGAAGAGCCAGGAUUAAAUAGAGACGUUAGCUACGGUGAUGUCAAUGUAUAUAUAGGUGGCAUAACAGAGGAAAAUAGUAAAUUAGCAAAGAAGUGGUUCCCAAAAAAUUUCAAAGGCUGCAUAGACAACAUAUCAACUAGUCCUGAAAUAUACGUAACCAAUUAUACAGAUGUAUAUAGCGAGAAUGUCAAAUCGUGCCAACUAUUCCCAAUAUAACCAUACUGCUCGACGCCUGUUUGAGUUUGAGUCGUCAUUUUGACUGAGUGAAUACUGCCUAGUAAAACAAUGAGCUAAAUAUUAUAGAAGUACUUAUCGAUUUCAACAAUAGCGGCAUAUAGUAUACUAGUAGGUAUAUGGUAUGACAUAACAUACCCAUACUCAUUCCAUAAUAGUAUAACCCUAGACGACAGUAAGCUCACACAAGUCUUAUGUAGUCAAAUACUCAUAGUACAAAGAUUUUUCUAGUCUUCUUAUCGGACCAAAAGUGUGUCUUAUUAAAUGUACUUAUUUGUUAGAAUUUUACUUGUAUUUUUAAAUCGUUUUAAGGUACUUGAUAUACUAAUAUUCUGCCAACGAUAAAACUCCAUUUAUUAUAAUAAAUGUGAGGUGUUGAUUAAGUAUUUUUGUUAAUAGAGCCGUGAAGUAAUUAAACAGUCGUCAUACACAAAAUAUAGU